AUGAGUGCAUUCAACAGCUUACCUCUUUCUUUUGGAAAACAACGAAAUCACCAGCCCAAAACCAACCCAUCGUCAUCUUCGGAUUUAUCAACAGUAUCAACUAAACAACACACAAAAAAGGCCAUAUCCAUUCUACCACAACCUUCUACGAAAUCAAACUCCUACUCACCAGCCAUAUCAAGAACAUUGAAAUCGCACCAAGAAGAACAAAAACCAAUGGUAUUUACUCAAGUGCGACAUUUUGAGGAGGUAGAAGAAGAAGAGGAAGAAAUGGAUGAUGGCAUAGUUACUACUUCCACUCUUAUUGACGGAAAGACCAAUUCCGAUGAAACCUCGUGUGAACAACACAGUUCACAGAUGGAUUCAAGUCAAACAAACAAUUCUUCUUCAACAACAACAACAACAUUGAAAGAGUUCAUUCCAUGUUGUUCACGCUCAGUCAAAAUGAGAGGACAUAAAAAAGCAGUGACUGCCAUUGCCAUUGAUCCUAGUGGAUCACGUCUAAUCUCGGGUUCAAGUGAUUAUGCUCUCAAAUUUUGGGAUUUUCAGGGCAUGGAUGAAUCUUUACAACCAUUUAAAUCCAUUGAUGAAGUUACAAGAGAUGGUUCUUAUGCGAUCAAACAUUUGGAAUUUAGUAACAGUGGUGAUAAAUUUAUAUUAUCCGAUAAUUCAUUGCAAGCCAUAUUGUAUAAUAGGGAUGGACAGAAAUUAGGAAGAUUUAAAAAAGGUGAUACCUAUAUUGUAGAUAUGAGUAAAACAACUGGACAUACAGCAUCAUGGACAGGAGUGAAAUGGCAUCCCGAUCCAUCCAAUCGUUAUGUAUUGAGUAGUUCUAUGGAUUGUACACUCCGAGUAUGGGAUAUGGAAUAUUUUAAUAGCAAGGGUCAAAAGAGCGUUUAUAAGGCUCGUAAUUCAAAAGGAAUCAAAACACCUUGUACCUCUUGCUGUUACAACAAUGCUGGUAAUUUAAUUGUAGCUGGAUGUAGUGAUGGAUCUAUUCAAAUAUGGAAGGAUAAUUCAUCCUUGAGUCAGGGAAAGUGUGAUUUGUACUAUUCUCCUCCGAAUAUUUCGUUGAAAAAAGAAGGAAGAGGAGAAGGCUAUUCUUCUUCUUCUAAUUUCUCCUCGUUGACUUGUGUUUCAUUUUUAAAUGAUGAUCGUACCUUGAUGGCGCGUGAUGAGACGAGUCUACGCAUUUUUGAUAUUCGCGCCAUGAAUCAACCCGUAUCGAUCUGUUCCAAUUUACCCAAUUACUUUGAAAAUUCAAAUUGUGUUGAAUCUCCAUUAGGAAAUUAUAUUGCUUGUGUCACGAGUUGUACAAGUGAAAAAGAUCAUGGUCAUUUAAUGAUUUAUGAUUAUAAGAGUGAUGAAAUUGUAAAGAGAUUGGAUUUGGGAGAAGGAGUGAGUGGAAUUCAAUUGAGAUGGCAUCCAAUUAUUAAUCAAAUCUUUGUAGCAGCAUCGGAUCAUUGCAUUACGGGGUAUUAUGAUACUGGUGAUGGUGAUAGUAGGAGUGGUCAUGGUCAUGGUGAUACUGGUGGUGGUAGCAGUGAUUCGAUUGGUGAUACUGGUGAUGGUGAUAGUAGGAGUGGUGGUCAUGGUCAUGGUGGUGAUGAUGAAAAUCCUUCCAUGAUUCAUUCCAUUCGUGGUCUAGUGACAAGUAUGAGUAGAGGAAUUAAAAAGAAGAAUAUCGAUCAAGCCAUCAUGUUACAACCUCAAAUUAUUGCACCCUUUGCAUCUGGAAAUAGAAAUAGACCAUUAAGGAAAGGAUCUAAGAAACAAAUUCAACAACAACAACAACAAGAUGCAAAAUAUCACAAACCAACCAAUCAACCUCCUCAAGGACCAGGAUUUGGUGGUAGAAUUAAUGAUAGUUUUACUCAUUUCUUAAUGAAAGGAAUGGGUGUGAUUCAUCAACAAUCAGAACAUGAAAAUGCACGUGAAGCAAUUUUGAGACAUGCAGAACAAGCUGAAAAGAAUCCUUUAUUUAUUGCACCUGCUUAUCAACUCACACAACCAAAGCCAAUAUUUGCUCAAGAUGAUGAGAAUGAAUGUACAAGUGAUAGUGCAACAACCAACAACAACACUGGUCAUGAGAAUGACGACCAUUUCGAAAAUAUCUAUGAUCGAUUUAGAGGUAGUGCUGCUGCUGCUUCUUCAAGUCAUCCUCAUGAACCAUCUCAAAAGAAGAGAAAAACUAGAGAUUGA